AUGUUGAAACGAGCAACUAUGGCGGGCGGUGACUGCGGGCUGACGAACGGGAAGAAAAAGGAGAAGAUUCCGGCGUCGUUAAUGGAAGGCGACGAACGACGCGAUGGGCGACGGAAGUCAUCGCUGCAAAAAAUCCAGCGGCUGCAAAACAUUCGGCGGCAUUGGAACGCAACAAACGACGCGAUGGGUGAAGGAGGAAGGCAGCGGCGAGCGACGACAAGUGUCUGCAGUCGACUGUGGGUGGCGUUGGGUGGUGGCCGGGAGUGUGAUGGUACCGUCAUGGCGAGGGCUUCCAUUACGGUGAGGGAGAUCGGCGGGAGAGAAGAAGACGGCGGCGCCGCCGCCUGGAGGAACCGAUCGGGAUGUCGUGGCGGCACACAGCAGACGUCCGGUUGCAGACGUCGGAGGCGUGGCGCCGGCGGGAGUCGGGGCGAUGGCGAGAUGAACGGCGGCGUACCGGAGCUCACCACUUCUGACAGCAGGGCGGCAUACGGUGGACGUGCGGUUGCGGACGUCGAUCCGGCCCGUUGCCGGCGGAAAUCUGUGCGACAUCGGGAACUGGUGAGGACGACGGUGGAGUUGGUGGAUGAGCAGGAGAAGUCAGAGAGGUGGGAGAGGAGGUGGCCGUGGAAGAAGAUGUCCACCGACAGAAUAUCCACAGUAGUGGCGUGCGGAGGAGGGGCUAAACUGGAGAUCGGCAAUGUCCAACAGCGCGAAUGGACAUGGUGGAGGUGCGCCGACGACUGA